AGCUUGUCACUCAGAAAAAUCCUGCGUAACAAAACCACUUGUGUCACCUUGAGCAACUGGAGAUCUUGUAGAACUCUUCUGAAGAGUGCACUGAAAACACUGACUGUGUGUGUGUGUACGUGUGAAACAGAGAGACUCACAGCCUGAUGCAGAAUUACAGUUCUGGAAUGAUCUGAAACAUUACUAAGGAAACUUAUCUGAGAAGUAGCAAAAUCAGGAGAAAAAACAACACACACAGUAAACUAGCAAGUUUUACUCAAGGAUUCAACAUGACGGUCCCUCUAAGGAGUGUGUUGCCUUAUGAGGAUUUCAUAACCAAAAACAGCUCUACCCUUGCUUUACCCUCUGAUCAAAAAAUGCGAGCCAGAGGAACAGAGAAGGAACAGAGGGUGAAGGAUCAGGUGAUGCACACUGUUAGAAGAAAAUCGUCUCGCGGGCUGUCCUCUUCGGGCUACUCAAGUCGAGGAUCAGGGACAGAUUCUGCUUCGGAUUAUUCAACUACGACAUUCCGUAAGGUCACCACACUCUCUGGCGCAUCAAGCAAAUCCUACCCCUCCUGGGGAAUGCAGUACAAUUCGCAGCUCUCCAAUGGAACCAUUAAAUAUGAUAAGGAUAACAGCAGACGCUUCAGCAGUUACAGUCAGAUGGAUAACUGGAUGCAGCAACAGCAUAACAGUAGUGUGGUAGGGAGUCCUACAAGCCCCAGCAGUGACUCUGCAUUUCUCUACAGCAGUAGAAUAAACAGCUACAGUGAGCCAGACCUUACCAAUCCCCAAGGAAGGAGCAUCAAGUAUACCAAAAAGAAAUCAUCACAGAUAAGUAAUGGCAGGGCAGUUGGAUGCCCAGCAUCAGGAAAUUCUUAUAUGCAAGGGACAUUUAGAAACACAAUUUACCAGGCUGCACCACAGAAAAGAAUGUCUCUCCAUUCACCAGGGAUACAGUCAGAUGGAGCUGGAUACAGUCAGUUCACUACAGAACAAAAGAGAUACAGUAAGCGUAACUUCGUUGAUAUGGAUGCUGGUGUUAGUAGUGGUGACAGAGCAGGAGAAAUAAUGGAAGAGCUGACCAUCCAGAAGGCUAUUGAUCUACUUGAGAGCAAGAAUCCUGAAAUGCAGGUCAAGGCCUGCUCCUUCAUUCAACAUGCCACAUUUCAAGAUGACAGAGCAAAACAAGAGGUCUACAGAUGUGAUGGUAUCCCACAGUUGGUUCGACUACUAAGAAGCAACUUUCCAGAGAUACAGGAGGUCGCCAUGGGGGCUCUGAGGAACUCAGUGUUCAAAAAUGCUGACAACAAGAGAGAGAUACAAAAAUGCAAUGGGAUAAAGGAAGCUCUUAAUAUCCUUGGUGAUAAAUCCAGUCCUGAACUACAGAAACAGAUCACAGGUUUCAUGUGGAACUUGUCCUCACACGAUGAGCUCAAAGAUGAACUGAUCAACAAAGCUUUGCCAACUUUAACCAAUGAAGUUGUCAUUCCUUACUCCCGCUGGUCAGAAGAUAACAAGGUCUCAAGGAAUGCAAUUGAUCCAGAAGUCUUCUUCAAUACAACAGGCUGCCUCAGGAAUCUCAGUUCUGCUGAGCAGUCUGGUCGACAGACGAUACGCAACUGUAGAGGGUUGAUUGAUUCUUUAGCAUACUAUGUCCAAAGCUGUGUAAAUGCCAACAUUCCAGAUGAAAAGUCCAUAGAAAACUGUGUUUGUGUCCUGCACAACUUAUCCUAUCAUGUAGAUACUGAAGUACCAAACAAGUACUCACAGCUUGGAAUGAGCAGAAGCACUAUUAAUACUAAAGACAAGUCAUCCACGGGCUGCUUUAGCCAGAAGAGCACAAAGAUUCAGGACAAUGAUUUUGAUUUGCCAGUUCCUGAGGAGGACAACAAUCCAAAAGGUGCCAAUUUGCUUUUUCACUCUGACAUGAUUCACACUUACUUAUCACUGCUGAGGAACAGCAAGAAUGACUCAACUCUAGAAGCUUGUGCAGGGGCCCUCCAGAACCUCACUGCCAGCAAAGGAAUGAUGUCUAAUGCAACAAGCCAAAUUAUUGGACUGAAAGAAAAUGGCUUACCGCAGAUCUCCAGACUGCUGCAGUCUGGAAACACAGAUGUUCAGAAGACAGCAACAUCUCUUUUAUGUAACAUGUCACGACACAAACCUCUGCACCAAGUCAUUGCUAGCCAAGCCCUACCAACCUUGUCUCAGCUAUUCUCUGGUGCACCUAAGUCUUCAAAAGGCUCUGAUGACAUCUUGUCCUCUGCAUGUUAUACCAUGAGAAACUUAAUGGUUUCCAAUCCCUUGAUUGCCAAGCAGAAUCUAAACAGUGGGAUACUCACUGGCUUAAUGGCCAUGUGCAAAAACGGCUAUUCACCAAAGGCCAGCCUGGCUGCAUCCACCUUAUUAAGCGACUUAUGGGGAAUGAAGGAAAUUCAAGGCCUCUUGAAACAGCAAGGAAUAAACAAGAACUUAAUGAACCAAGUAGCACCACUUGCUACAAGAGCAUUUCAAAAAAGCUUUUGAACAGAGGAUGAUCAUCAAAUGAAGAUGCAAUAAAAAGAUGUUAUCUGCGAAAGAAGAAGGGCAUGGUUCUCUGAGGAGGUCCCUGCUAAAAGAAGAUGGAGUUGUGGCAAAGAAAUAUUCUACUGUUAUGUUUUAUUGUACAUAAAUGACUAAAAGCUUGUAAUGUGGGAGGAAAUCAACCACUGACCUGACUUUUGCAAGAGACAUUACUAAUGCUGAUUGCUUCAACAAUGGGAAUAAGGGACAUCAUAAGAAGUUUUUUAACAAAUUAAAAUUUUAUGGAACACAACUGCAACCACUUUGUAAAGCAGCUACUCCAUUUGAAACACCUGCUAAAUGAACUAUCAUAUUAUGUAAAUAGAUGUGAUGACUGACCAGUACUGUCACAUGACAAUAAUUGAUCUAAUAUGAACUCAGUAAACAAUAGUUUACCGAUAACAUCUUGCUUGGAUCCUGAUUUACCUUCCUGUUCGGAAUUCUACAAUCCCGCAGCCAAUUUAAGUAUUUCUGUGCAAUAUGAGAUUUAACUGUUAUUCAGUUAGUGCCACUGAAAAUGUUGCCUGCAACAGCACCUUGUUUUUCCUUCCCUAUUUCUGACCAGUUUAAGGUUUGAAACAGGGUGUGGACUGUUUAAAAAAUGGUGUCUACUACAUUACUCAGUCCGUCCAGUCAUUUGGCUACAUAAAGCCGUAAUGUCCAACUAUCACAGUAACCUGUUCUGUAAUAACAAGCUGACGUGAGACCUGAAAACCUGUCCUGUAAACUUAACUUCAGCUCAACAUGUGUUGCCGAUCAGCAGUAAACUACCAAUAGGUUCCACUUCUUAGAAUGUGCACCUCUGUACUUCAGUGACGACAUGAAAGCUACUGCUACCCCAUGGCAGCAGUUGUCUGCCAAUCAUUCUGCCAGCUCUUUCAGGCCUCCCCAUCUACAAAAGAUCUGUAUUAUAUCAAUGGCCUAGAAGUACUGGUGUGGGCUGGCACAGGGUGAAAUCCCUUCAAAAAACUAAACUAAGUCUGUAAUAACUUUAUCUGUUUGAGACAGUACAUAUGCAAAUCAGAGAAAAGAAAUUUAUUCAGUGGAAAAUGAAAAUAAAGAACUGCUUGUUUUUUACUUUCACAUUUUAAAUCCAUUUAUGGAACACUUUCUGGGGUCAUAGGACUUUAUGGUAAAUACAUUACAUUUAUGGUCAUUACUGCAUCAUAGUUAUUUUGUUAUCAAAUUCAUCAUCUCUGUAUAAACACUGCUGCCUUAUCUGUUGUAAUUUUUUUCCUGAAACAAGUUCCAUCUAUAUAAAUGUCCUGUAUGAAUUUGAACUGUUUUUUUAUUAUGUUUUUAUCAGAUUACAAUUCUGAAAGCACAUUAUAGCUCCAGUUGUUUGCUUUGCUUAGGUCAAGUCUAACAAUUUGUUUUGUUAUACAUAGUUGCUUAAUAUUUUUUUGUUGUACAAGGAUGUAAAAAAAUUCUGAAAAUAAAGGUAUCCCGACUAAGA